CCAAUGCACAAACCACUGAGCUAUCCCGUGUUGUCUGUUUCUUGCUUCUUACACUCCUCUGCGGCCGUUCCUGGUGGGAGGGUCGCUGGUGUGUGGUUCCAGAUAUGACUGAGCAGCGUUGGUGUGAUCUCACGCAAGGCGUUUCACAGUGUGGGGCUGGAAGGCCCAAGAGACACAGUGGGGCUCUCCUGGUUGAGUUUCCCCUGGCUAACACGGGGGCUCACGGACGGUGAGGCUGUCUUUGAGGACCAGGCCUGGCAAUGAAUGGGGAGCUGGUUGAGUUGCUGGAGGGCUAAUGUGACAUGCUCCUGUCAACCUCUAGCUUCAGUGCGCUGGGUAUGUUGUAGCAUCCUCGCAGGGACACACCGCCAGGGGAUGAAGGUGUGGAUGGCGGAUCACAGCAUCUGGUCCCUUCGCCAGCUGGCAGCACGGGAGCCCUGCCCAAGAACACUCCCUGCCGCCUUGAUUGCAUGGUGUCCAUAUCCUGGCAAGUGCUAGCCUGGCCCUGGCCUUCCCUGGGAGAAACUGUGCCAGCUGCUGUCUGGCCUUCAGCGUGAGGGAGCUCUCCCCAUCUUCCUCCUUUCUGGCUUGGUGCGGUGCCCGACAAUACAGCUCCAAGGGUCUGCAACCCGGCCUGGAGGAGCUGGUGCCAAAAGGGAAGCACUUGUGGGAAAUGGCAGGCAGCUCCCAAGCCAGCCUGCAGUGCCGCUCAGGAAGUGGGCAGGAAGCGAUCUGGCAGCUGCUGGGAGCCGGCCGCCUGGCCUUGCCACGUGCUGCUUCCCCUUCCCAACCCGCCGGGGGUCGCUCGCCCCUUUUGUUGUGCAAUUGAAAGGGUUCAGGACGAGCCCCAAGCUCCUCGUGGGACAGGGCGAUGCCCCCUGCCGAGCCCCUCUGCCCCCACCCGGGGCUGAGCUGCUGCCUGUUCCCAGAAUCCGCUGUUGUAACCGGACACGUCUCACGCAAGUGCUUUCCUGUGGCUGGGCUCUCUGAUAGCACGCUCGGCGCCCGGGAAAGGCCUCUGGGCAUGGAGCAGCGGGCGGGCUCAGAUCAGUGCACGCGGCCCCUCAGCCCUGCCCUGAGAGCUAGAGACCAGGCCUGUCUGUUCUCUGCAUCCGCCAGCAGCGGGGCCCCGUCCUGAUGGAGGCUCGGUGACAUGGACGCCUGGGCUUCAGUGUGUGGGACUGUGACCCAGCAGCGAAUGCCCCAUAGGCAGCGGAGCAGCCAUCCAUGGCCAAAAGGAAGCUGGAUCUGGAAGGGACCGGCCAGCCAGGCAUCCCAGAGUUCCGGACGCCCAAGGGGAAGGGCAGGACAAUCACUCGAAUCCCCAGCCCCAGGACCCCCAAGUCCCCCGGGGAGAAGACGCGGUACGACACCUCCCUGGGGCUGCUGACCAAGAAGUUCAUCCACCUGCUGAGCGAGUCGGAGGACGGGGUGCUGGACCUGAACCGGGCGGCCGAGGUGCUGGAGGUGCAGAAGCGCCGGAUCUACGACAUCACUAACGUGCUGGAGGGGAUUCAACUCAUCCGGAAGAAAUCCAAGAACAACAUCCAGUGGAUGGGCACAGGAAUUUUUGAGGAUACCUCCGUGACAGUGAAGCAGCAGUCCCUGCGCCAAGAGCUGGUGGAGCUGGCCAAGACCGAGAGAACGUUGGACGAGCGCAUCCAGGACUGCACCCUCCAGCUGAAGCACCUGACAGAGGAUGAGACUAACCAGAGGUUAGCAUAUGUCACCUACCAGGACAUCCGUGCCAUCAGCAACUUCCAGGAGCAGACGGUGAUAGCGGUCAAGGCCCCCCCAGAAACCAAGCUGGAAGUACCGGACCUCAAUGAGGAGAACGUGCAGCUCCAUCUGAAGAGCACCAAUGGCCCCAUCGAGGUGUACUUGUGCCCCGAGGAGAUCCUGGAGGACAGCCCUGCCAAGGAGAGCAGCUUCUCCACCCCUUCCCUCCAGGACAGCAGCGACCCGUCCCCAGGGAAAGCUGAGCCCCUGAUGGAGGUGGAAGACGGACUCCUGGACAUGCCCCAUCACCUGCUGCAGCAGACGGAGGACCAGCUACCCUACGGUGACCCCGCCCCCUUCGUCAGCUUCUCCCUACCCCUUGAUCAGGACGACUACCUGUGGGGGCUGGAGGGGGGCGAGGGAGUGAGCGACCUCUUCGAGGCCUAUGACCUUGGCGACCUGCUAAAGAACUGAGCUGGCGAGGGGGCCCCCUCCCUCCUCGCUAUGGUGCUAAUGGCCUUGCUGAGUCUGGGGCUUUGACUUGAAGUGUGGACUCCGAGCCCCUGCCCUCCCGGCCACCAGAGCAGGGGCAUGGAGACCUUCUGUGGGGCAGGACUUCCUCCCGCUCUGCCUCACCCGUGCGUGGUCUCCACAGUUCCUCCUCCGCUGUCGGUGCAGCUGGGCCAGUGCAGACUGGGCGUAGCAGUCAAUGCAAGACAAGACCCCAGAGGGCAACCCGCUGCAGGAAUGAAGCGCCUUCGCCCGUUUGUCUUUUCCCUGCCCCCCACACACACCGGUAAUAUGUUCCUGGCCUGUCCAGGGAUGCUGAGGCUGGGUAAGGAGCCCCUGGGAGACUGGGGCUCUGUCAUGGAAAGUGAAUCUUCGCAUCCCAUCCCCGAAGCGACCCGUCUGUGGAACACCUAGGGCGGCUGUGUCUGGGGAGCGGAGGGGGAGUAGAACGCUCUGUGGCCUGCCAGGGGAUUUGCGUGGCAGGGCAGGACAUCCUGUUCCCUGGAAUCUGGGCAGGGGUGGGCAUGUGUGCGUGUGUGAAUGAAGAAAUCCUUAAGCUCCCACAGCUGCUCAGGGGGGCCCGCAGGGAUCUGUGAUGGCAGCACAGCUGCGAGACACUUGUCUGUUUUGCUCUGCCAGACCCGGGCGCCCCCUUUGGAUCUGACCCAGGUGGGUCUUGCUUCCCCGUCCCUGAAUGUUUUGCUUGGAGCGUACGGGGUCUGAGCCAACCCAGAAACGCCAAGUGAAACCUGGUUUGUCAUUGCAGCCGUCAGGUGGCUUUUGAUGUGAACAGUCAGCUGAGAGAGUCCCUCCUUAGGGCCAUGACCUCUGGGGGGAACUUACCAGGGACCUGCUCUGACAUCUUGUAAUGAAACUUGAAACAAGGCAAGUCCGGAGUGGAGGGCGUGGUGAGACAGGGAUGCUCCCAUCCACUCCCCUGUGAUGGGAGGGAUUCCAACUGCAUCUCCUCCCUCCCCUUCGACCGACCCUAGGCCCCCCCUCUCCCCUCCAUCCGCUCACUGGCUACCUUCGCUCUCAGUGGGUCACUUGGAUCUGCUCCAUCUAGACUGGUGCUAAGCGACCUGCUGUGAGCAUCACAUGUAUCAGGUAAAUGGGCCGUUGUUCCCAUGUGAGUCCCCGAGUCCAGGGUUACCCCAGAUCCUUCCUGAUUGGAUCAGCCCUUCUCUAAAUUCAUUGUUAGGUUAGCGGGGGAUCUGUCUGAUCGAGUGGGAGAAGCCCCAAGUGCCACAGGCUGGGCUGGGUCCCCUAGGAGACCAACUGUCCACCCCCUCCCCACUUCCACGGUAGAUUCUGGGAACGGAGUGGAUUAAAUCUGGGAUGGCCAAGGUAGCAUAAGAGAGCUCUGAGUGCACUGUGCCUUGUGAAAACCAAGCCAUUAACUUCCACUGUGCUUCCUGUGGGGUGGGAUUAAUACCCGCUUCCAUGUCGUGCUUUGGGAUCCUCUGAAGGGCAGAGUCUUAGAGGUGAGAUCUGGACCAUUAUCCAUAGCCCGCUGCAACGAAAUGAUGCUUUGUUUCCAGAGUGUGUGCCAAUGGCUUGCAGAUCACUCUGCUUCACCAAUGUUGCGGUGCUGGUCGCUUACUGAAUUGCUGCUUUCUGAUUGGCUUGGCGCAUAUCAUGCUUCAGCCAAUCAGAGACCAAUCAUCUGCGCACUGUGAAAUGUACACAUUUUCAGCUGUAGUUUAAACUUAAAUCCGCUAGUCGGGCACUUAGUGUGAAAAUUGUCAAACUUGGGUGCCUAGCGCUGUGUGCCUAAAUGAAUAUUUAUGCAGCUAAUAGUGGCUUGAUUUUUUUGUUUGUUUGUUUCAGAUGUUGAGCGUGCUCUGCUCCCACUUUGAAGUGAAAAUCAAGCCACUCAUAGGUGCCUAAAAGUGUGGAUUUGGGUGGCAAACCUGAGCUUCCAGAGUUCAGAAAUGUUGAUCUAAUCUUACUUCAUUUUUACUCAUAGUAAGACUUUCAAAAUCUGGCAAGGUGCUUAUCUGCAUUUUAGGGACCUAAAUACCUCUGACAAUGUGGCUCUGACAUGUAGCAACCUAGUUAGCCACAGAUUCCAUUGUCAAUAUUUUUUUUUUGUGUGCAAAAUUCCAGAGAGGAGAAGGGAGAAGUAGCUUUUUAUUUCACUCUGUCCAAAAUUCACCCCCCGCCUCCCCUCCAGAAAGUCUUCUUUUGGAUUUCCAGGUUUUCGAUAUUUGCAGAAUAGCUGUUGGUUAACAGGUGGGAAAUUUUGUCAUGUGCCAUCCCAUUAAAUUCUGUCUUAAAAAUGGAAACAAGCACAUUGUCUUAACCUCUACUUGAAUGCAGCUUAUCCGUGCACGGGGAGAAUGCCAGACGGAGCCUGCAAUGGAUGCUGGGUAGGUAGAGUCCCAUUCACAUCUGCCCAGGUGGCUCUCCUUGCAGGACUGGAAUCUGAGGUAUUGUAGCCAAUAUGUCCACUAUGUUAAAAUGAAAUACUUUUUGUUGGCUUUUAAUCUAGCAAAGGGGUUUAAUGCUGCCCAGAUACCACGGCGAUGGGCAGCACCUUCCACGUAAAAUCAAUAGCAAUAGCUAAGUCCCUAAUGGACCUCGUGGAGUCUCUGAUUCAUCUCCCUUUCUGGGGGUGAAAACUCAGCUGGGGGAAAGGUUUUGAUUUUGUUAAUUUCCCCCUUUUCGUGUGUGUUUGGGCAUUAGGGGUGGAAGGUACAGUCGUUCUCGUGGUCUGACGCUGGAUUCGGCUGAUCUCCUUUCUUACCAACCCUGCCUUGGUGCUCCCAUAUCUAGCGUCCCCAUCUAGGGGAGCGUGCAAAAGUGGGAACUCCCCAAAACGAGGUGUGAUGAACCGGGGGUGGCUGUGCUUGAGACGGAGAAAAGGUGGGCUGCCUCAUUCGAGCCCCUUCUGGACCGGCAGCUGAUCUGACCAAAGGGAGGAGGUUUUCUGGCAUCUCAAUACACAGCUGUCCUGGGGCGCUAGGCCUCCAUCUGGAGGUGGCUGUUGUGUGCCUAAACGAAAGGCCACUGUCGCUCUGACAGGGGCUCUGUAGCCCUGGUUAUUCAGGGAGCAUCUGUGAAGAGGAGACUGAGCAGCAUGUGUUCUCUAGAACUGGAGAUGGGAGGUGAGGGAAGUCAGUUUUCUUAAUGCAACCACGUGCUAUGGGGAUCUCCCCCGCUGAAUAAUCCAAGUCCAAUCCUGCUGUAAAAGUGACAGUCAAACCAGCAUUGGAAGCGGCACGGCUGUGUCUUGAACGUGCUCCGUGGGUGAGUAAAGAUACAGCUCUUUGAACUGCAAACUCCCCCUGGCAUUGGAGAGUCCACCUGGGUUCUCUCCUUGCACAUCCUCCCCGGUAAGAGAGGUUCUGCUGGCCAGGUGAGGCCCAUGCCAUCCCGUUGUCCUGUGGGUUUGUACGUGGGUCACUGAGCUGCCUUGUCUACAGCAGGGGGAUUGCCCCAAUUCCAGCCGCCUGUGGCUAGCAAUUGGUGUAGCAGCACCAAGCGCUCAUCCUUGCUGGAGGCUGGGGUGGAAUGUGCUAAUGUCAAUGGAAGCUGAUAGUAGUUGGCCUGUCAACAAAGAAUCUGCAGGCAGUGCAGCUGAAUUGGGGGCAUCCACUCUGAUGCACAAGGGAAACUAGAAUCCAGCUUCCCCCUCUCACAGCAGCACUGGCAGUGGGGCAAAUAGCAGUGAAGAGUGGUCAGAUCCGACCUAGGUCACAAGGUCUUGCAUGGGUUGAACUGACAGAGGUGAAGUAAAUUGGGUCAAGCCAGCGACCAGCUUCCAAUACUCUAGACAAGGCCAGCUGUAUUUUAGCAUGUGCUAAGUGGGCAGAGUUAAGGGUAGAUUGAGCUAGCUAACACCAUCUAAAAACCAUUGCUAAAUCCUCCUCUAGACAAAGCCAGAAUGGAAGAGACGAGACUCUGGUCAGGUCUUUGCUAAGUGUUUCUGCUGGCCUAGCUUUGCCACUAGAAGCCUUGAAUGUAGAAGCAGCGAGACUAGCGAAGUUUCUCUUUUACAGGUAUAGUUUCACUCAGGGCGGCGUGAUUUCACAAUACCAGUGUAAAACAGCUUUGCCAGUGUAGCUGCAUCCACUUCAGGAGCUGCUCAUAUGGUAAUGCUAGUUUGCCGUGAAGCACUCUUAGCGUAGACAUGUGUCCAAGAUGCAAAUCUGAUGACUAAAAGGCAUCACUGGAAAAUAGUUCACUUUCACGGCAGAGCAGCCUGUUGAAAUCUACCUGAGAGGUGUGUUUCUGUACCAGUUGAGAAUAAGCUCUUUUUAUUUUUUUUUUAAAUAGUCAGGGGUAUUUUGUUUCUGUUUUGUUUUUUAAAGUCUGAUCCUGAACUUGCCUUGUACAUAAACCUGAAGUGUCUCUGGGCUCAGACCGGUGUAUUGCUACCUGCUUUCUAUAGAGUUAAACAUUAACUUAAUGAUUUGGGUUUGGAAUCUGUCUAUUGUGGAACAAUUCUAAUGCCGGUUGCCAGCUUGACCUGGCUUUCCAGGUGAGGCUUUUAACUGGAGAUGAGUCUAGGCCAAAAAUCUCAGAUCUGUACUUUGCAGCUCAGUCUUGUUGUGAGUCUUAACAGAGCAUGCGCAGAAAGAGCAUGUCUACAUGGGGAAGCUAUUCUGGAGUAGAUCCGAAUUUAAAGCCCUAGAGCUGUCCUGGGAUAGCUGCUCUGGUCAGUUUCCCCACACAGACAUGCCCUAAGCGAAGUACCUGGGAGGCCAUCUUGAAUCUUCAAAUCUCUUUUGUGAAUUGCAUAUGAAAUCCUUCAAAGAUACUCGCUCUGGGUGUGCCGCUGGCUUUCGUCUUAACCUUGUAAAAUUGUACAGAAUUAUUGCACUGUAUUUAUAAAGGGAAGCCACCUUUUUACACUUAUAUAUAUAUUUUAAGUGAGUGUAUUUAAAUCAUUCUUGGGGUGGUUCUCCUGAAGUCCAGCUUGGUGGUGUUGUGGGCGUGAAUGUGUUUCUUUUGUAAACUUACGGCACUUGAAGGUUUGUGAGCAAAAAGAAAUUAAUAAAAAUGCUUUGUUUUUUGA